CUAGUACCCGGGAGUGGGAGGAUCAGGGCUUCAGUCUCCUCUCCCUGGUUACGGUAAAGUGUAGUAAUCUCACAUCCUGAUAUUACAUAGGGAUAAAAGGCACUUUCCCAGCAUCCUCAUCAUGCUUGUGAGCCAGAGAAGCAGACCCCGCUGCAGGGAGGUGAGAGGGCCUCAGCCACACUCGGUAGCCGUGAAAGCCAAGUUUCCUUCAGCCAGACCAAUGGAUUUUUUGAUUACGGAAAGAAGGCGUCGGGAGGAUUUUAUUAAUGACAUGUUGGUCUACACCAAGGAGGACAAAGAUAAAACUGUUAAAGGCAAAUGGGAGAAGGUUACUGACCAUAAAAUACUACACAACAUGGUACAGAGGAAGGUCUAUGAGACCAUGCGUGAAUACAAAAUGCACAUAGAAGAAAGGCGAGACAGGCUCAGAGACUUACUAGAGACAGAAGAAAUUCAGUACAUUAAGGAAAUGGAAUCUAUGGAAGAAACAACUCUGGAGAGACAGGCGAAAAUGAGAGAGAGAGUCAAAAGUCUGAGAGAGAAGAGAGAGCAGGAAAGACUCGCUCUGGUGUCUGCAAAACGGGAACAACAGUAUAGGGAACAGUGUGAAGAGCUGCGUGCUCUGAGGUCUCAGAUGAAUCAGAAGGAGGUUUGCACAGAGAGGAUGGCACAGCUUGUCCUAAAGGAGCAACUGGACAGGCAGCAGAAGGAAGAGGAUCAACUGUUUGCCCAACUGUGGGAACAAGACCGCUUGGCCAAAGAGGACAACGAGAGCAGAAAAAAUCAAGGAAAAGAAGAAAGGAUUAAAGAAAUGUUAGAUGUUCUGCAGGUCCAGAGAGCUGCUGCUCAGGCUCAGAAAAUGGAGGAGAAGAGACUUAAAGAGGAGGAAGCCCAGUUACUGGUGGAGCAACGCCGGCUCAUGAAGCUGGAAGAUGAACGGGCUUUGAGAGAAAAGCAUCAGAAACAGAUGCAAGUCAGGAAUAUGUUGGAUACUUCUAUACGCUUAAAGAUGAGGCGACUUGCUCGAGAACAACAGGAGGAGCUGGCUCUUGAUAUGAAAAUCUUGGAGCAAAUUAUGCAGGACUCUCAUGACGACACCGAGGAAAAACACCAACGAAAGUUGGAGCUACGUAGGGAGCAGCAAAUAUACCGAGAAUAUCUUGCUCAACAACUGGAAGAAGAGAAGCGUCAGGAGAUUGAGAUGGACACGCUGAUUGAAGAGGAAAUGGAGAGAGCUUGGGCCAAACGAGCUGAGCAGCGGAAAAAAGAGAAAGAGGCUAGAGAUCGCUUGAUGAAGGAUGUCAUGGAUACUCGCCAACUUCAGAUACAAGAGAAAUUAGCCAGAAAUGCAAAAAAACAGGAAGAACUUGCUCAGGACAAAGAACUUUUGGAAAAAGCUAUAGAGGAACAUAAAUGGCUUGAAACUGAAAGAACUGCAAGGCAACUGAAACAGGGCAAGCAAUACCAGCAGCAACUGCUUUCACAAGUUACGUUUCAGCACCAACAGCGGGAAGCUGAGCGAGAGGAGGAGAGGCGGGAGUAUGAAGCAGGGCUGCUUGCGGAAACAGCCUACAAGGCAAAGCUCCAAGAAAUUCUCUCCAGGCCAUACUUUGCUGAUGAGCAUGUCCACCCCUUGAGAAGGACACGCAUUUCUAGCCCAAAAGACUGGCUUUCUCAGCAUACAAAAUAGUUUUUUUUACCUAUAUUAAUCUCUACUGUGCUACAGAAAUCUGCACACUGAUGACUCUCUACUGAUAAGAUGUAAUUGCUUCUCGACCGUGUCUGCAUAUAAAAAAAGAGUUGCAUACCAAUAUUUUCUUAUAAUUAAAUGCCUUAAUAUUUGGUGGGUUUUAAACAGGCAUUUAAAAAGAAUAGUAUUUUACUUGUUUUGGUAAAUAUAAAAAGAAUGCAAUUUCAAGGACUGAAAAAUAACUAUGUAAUAAAAUAAUCAAAGGAAAGGAGGCUUUUGAGAAAACGGUUUGAAAUUAUUGCAUUACUUUUCAUGUUCAGCAAUAUUAAAAGCAUUUUUCAAAUGAA